ACUUGGUCGCAGAUAUGUGUUAUUGGCGAUCUCUUUGCUCCAUAGCUUGGUUCGCCGCGAUGUCGGCGGGCCAGGAGACGCUUUCCGACUCCCUGCAGGAUAGCACACCUUUGUUAGCCACAACUGUGUCGACCAUGAAGGUAAUAAGUUUCCGUCCUCGUUAUCCUUACAUCGUCUCCAUCGGGGAGAACCUCAAAGGAUACUACAAGCACCUCUGCGUGGGCGUAAUACUUUCGAAUGAGUUUGUGCUCAGUGCGGCCCACUGCCUCCAAACGAAUCCAACCAAAGAACUGUACGUGGCCGGUGGCGCCGAUUCGCUUAACAGCCGGAAGCAGACCCGCUUCUUCGUCGUGGAGAGAAGAUGGCAUCCCCAGUUUAGGAUGCUCGGCGGCAACGACAUUGCCGUGUUGAGGAUUUACCCCAAAUUCCCGCUCGACGAUGUGCGAUUUCGUAGCAUUAACUUCGCUGGAAAGCCACAAAGGGAUAGCGCCAUCCAUGCCUCGCUGGUUGGCUGGGGUCGGGUUGGCGUCGGCAAGAUAAGGAAACUCCAGGAGAUGCCCUUCUUGACCAUGGAAAACGAUGAGUGCCUGCGAAGCCAUCGCUUCGUUUUCCUCAAGCCGCUCGACAUCUGUGCGAUGCAUUUAAAAGGACCUCGAGGUCCCUGUGACGGAGAUUCUGGAGCUCCCUUGAUGAAUGUGGCAAAAGAGAAGCUGUACGGAUUACUUUCCUACGGUCGGAAAGCCUGCACUCCAUUAAAACCAUAUGCCUUCACUCGCAUCAAUGCAUACUCGAGCUGGAUUCAGGAGUCCAUGGACUAUAUGGCUGCGAGAUUAAAAGUUAUAAGAAUGAAUCGCACUAUAUGGAAAGAUGGGUUAUAGCAGGUUUUUAAGGAAUAUGUAUGUUCUUUUCUAUCUAGGGUUAUAACUAAAAGAUAAAAAAAAAGAUA